CCAAAACAGGACAUUUCCUCGUCUGUUUCACGCGCAGCUAAGAGCUAACGACAGCUAGCGAAAAGGCGGCGAUAUCAGAGCUAAAAUGAAAGUGGAAGUACAAUUUUGGUAAAGUGAGAUGCAACAUUCACUCAUGUGUAUACUAGCUGAGUGCUACAUUCAUUCAUGUGUAUGCUAGCUGAGUGCUAAAGCCGCCAGGGACGAUGAGUACGGAUCUUGUAUCGGACGUGUACACUCGCUUCUUCGCCGAUAACCUCCUGACCAGCGAGGACUGGGACGCCUGCCUGUACAGCUGUGACAGCGUGGAAGACGACCAUGACGACCAUGACACCGUGUCCAAGUACGACACGUCGUUUGACAACGACCUGGUGCUCACGCUGGAUGGCGGCGGCCCCUCAUCACCGUGGCAACACCCGUGUCACGCAGGUGAUGCCAGCAGUCAGGGGAGUGCAGAGCCCAUGGAGUUGUUGUUGCAGGUCAAAUCUGAACCGCCGUCUCCUGCAUCGUCGCCAGAGGCGGAGCGCUUGCCGUCAUCGCCCGAUCCUCAGCUCCCGGUGAAAAGCGAGAACCCUCCCACUCCUCCCCACAUGUUUGGAGACGUCAUGUCCCCCCCGCUGGGCUCCGUGGAGGUCACCGUGGCGACCACAGCUGCCUCGCCCACCCGCGGGGGCGGGGAGACGCAGCCGGCGCUUACCACACGGCUUCACGCUGUCAUGGCCGCCAUGCAAACGCAGGCCGCAGUUCUUCCCGACAUACAGCCCCGCCCCCUGUGCGUGGCCCACACGCCCACUCUUGUCCUGCAGGGCGUACCCGCCAUGGAGCAGACGCCACCAGUGCUCUGCCUGGCGCCCGCUCCCGUGGUCAAGGUGGAGCCGCUCUCGCCCGCCCUCCCCCGCCACGCGCCCCCCAGCAAGACCAUCGUCCCUGCCACGCCGUUGCCCAGCAACCACUGUAACGACAUCGACAUGAAGGUGCUGAAGCGUCAGCAGAGGAUGAUCAAGAACCGAGAGUCUGCGUGCCAGUCCAGGAAGAAGAAGAAGGAGUACGUGCACAACCUGGAGCUCCAGCUCAGGAACGCCCAGCAGGAGAACCUCAGACUGCGCCAGGAGAACCAGGAGCUGAGGGACAGACUGGAGGGCAAGUGUGGAGAGACAAGCAGCAACAAGCGAGCAGUGUGUGUCAUGGCUCUUCUUCUCUUCAUCACCUUCAGCUUUGGACCUGUCAGCAUCAUGGACAGGAAGUUGACACCAGCCUUCCAAGAUGGCGGCGGGUCCUUUUCGAGUCGCCGGCUGCUGGAUAUGCACCUGACACCUGAAGGCAAGCUUCACCUUACACCUGAAGGCAAGCUGCACCUGACACCUGAAGGCAAGCUGCACCUGACACCUGAAGGCAAGCUGCACCUUACACCUGAAGGCAAGCUUCACCUUACACCUGAAGGCAAGCUUCACCUUACACCUGAAGGCAAGAUGCACCUUACACCUGAAGGGGAAGGAAAGAUAGUUCCAGAAGAUGAGGGCGGGACUUUUGAGUUCAGGAACACCAGCAACACCUUCAGUGACACCAAGGAGCUCCUCCUCCAUGACCUCCAACGCUACUUUAACUCCGCCCACUGUCCACAGUUCAACCGCUCAGAGUCGCUCAGGCUGGCAGCAGAGUUAAGAGGUUGGGUUGACAGACAUCAGAUCAACAACAACAACAAGAAGAAGAAAACUAAGUUGCUCAACAAGACCACAACCACUCAACGUGCUCAGCUGAGGAAGACCAACAUGUCAAGAUAUCUUCCCAUCCAGACACACCGCUCCAUUGAAAGUCAGCUGCAGGUAGUUCCUGGGCCGGAGGUUACCUACAGCCACUUCCUGGAUGCCAUUGAGCGUCGUGAGGACACUUUCUAUGUGGUGUCCUUCAGACGGGACCACCUGCUGCUUCCCGCCAUCAGCCACAACAAGACGCGUCGGCCCAAGAUGUCGCUGGUCAUGCCCGCCAUGUCGGUGAAGGAGAGCGUCUACAACGCCUCCCGCGGCUACGAGAUGAUGAUGCAGGUGGACUGCGAGGUCAUGGACACCCGCACGGUCCACAUCAAGUCCUCGGCCGUGCCGCCGUCGCUGCGUGACCCGCUCCCACAGGACCCGCCACACGCCAACCAUCACCACGGCAACCACACCGUCCUGCGUGGACGUCAGCAGCCGCCGCCCUCAGCCCGCAGGCGCCAGGACAAGUAUCUCAUCAGCCAAUCAGAGGGUGUCUGAAGAGGCGUCGCCAUGGCAACCAGUCUUUUCUACUCUAAUUUAAUGCUUGUAAAAACACGGUGUAAAUAUUUUUUUAUCUCCCACUGGUCACAUGACCUCCGCCAGGAUGUCAACAAUGCUGUUGCUUGGUUACCAAAAGACGCAAAUAACAUUUAAGACCCAUCAUUUUCUGCCACGUGACAUGUCCCGCCUCCACCCGCAGACACAAACACACCAAAAUAUGUCAAUCACUAUAACAUCAACUGCAAAUGAUAUAUAUACUGUAUUUAUAUAUGUAUACUAUACAUGUACUGUCUAUAUAUACUGUGUUUAUGUACAUAUACACAGUAUGUACACUACCGUUCAAUAGUGUAUAUAUAUAUGUAUGUAUAAUAUACCUAUUUAUAUAUGUGUAUAUAAAUCUAUUAUAUAUAUAAUAUAUAUAAAUAAUAUAUAUAUAUGUAUAUAUAUAUAUAUACACACACACACAUACAUGGAACAGAAGGUGCACACCUUUUUGUAGCACUGCUAAUUGGAGCCGCCCACCUGGCAGGUACUGCUGAUGCGUUCACGGGAGUGCUGCUUGUGGGAUUUUGCAACUACACCGUUACAUAGAAGCAGUAACUUUACUUAACACAUAGUAACUCUACUUUAAUGAUAAAAUAUUGAUAAUAAAUCAUGUACAUUUAUGUGUGGGACUACGAAGAUGGUCAACAGUCAUGAGAUUUCGCUUCUUCCUGCUCCUUUGCGGACACAUUCCUUUGGGUUUUUUUUUUUUUAAACUUGUUUUUAUUACAUCAGUAAUGUUGUGUUGUGUUCAUCUGGAUGUCAAAUGUUGUACGUGGUGUUUGAAAUAAAUAACAAAUUCAACGUUU